GAAUGAGCAAUGCUGUAAAGUAAAGACCUUUCAUCUCCUGACACUGUCUUUCCUCAUUGGAUGUUAGCAGUAGUCACAUGUCCAGAGCAUCUUUGAAAAGAUGCCAUUGAAACUGUGGCAAUUCAUUCCUACCUUUCAUUGAGAACUGUAGCUGACUUUCUUUUGCCAGGAUCACCAUUUAGUGUCCAGUAGAACCAGCACCAUGUCUAACAGAUUUCUGGGAACUUGGAAAUUGGUCUCCAGUGAAAACUUUGAGGAUUACAUGAAAGCUCUAGGAGUGGGUUUAGCUACCAGAAAACUGGCAGUUAUGGCCAAACCCCAUGUGACCAUCAGCAUGAAGAAUGAUGUUAUAACCAUCCGGACUCAAAGUGCCUUAAACAGCUCAGAAAUUUCUUUUAAGCUAGGCCGUGAAUUUGAAGAAAUCACCCCUGAUAACAGGAAAACAAAGCUUGAUUCCAGGCAAGCUGCAUAUGUGAUUGUAUCUUUGCAGACUACAAUAACUUUAGAUAAAGGAGUCCUGAAUCAAGUCCAGAAAUGGGAAGACAAAGAGACUACAAUAAAGAGAAGUUUGGUGGAUGGAAAAAUGAUGGUGGAAUGCAGGAUGAAAGGAGUUAUUUGCACUAGAAUCUAUGAGAAAGCAUCAUAAAGACACUCCAUCUCCUCACUCAAAUAUGUGGAAAAUCAGGCUAGAUCCAUAAACCUAGCCUGCUGCUGCUGCUUUUUUGCUCUUUUUAUUCGUACCUAUCAGGAAAAGGAUUAAACUGUGGCAUUGUGUUUAAAAGCUGGAUUUUAACUAAUUUAAACUGUCAUGGUCAUUAAAAUCAAAGCAAAACAUUAUGUGGGUAUAUUCAUACCCACUAGUAGCACUAGUUAGGCUUAAAGAGUUGAGUAUUUCACUAUACUUAGAAACUCUUGUUAUUACAUAUGAUUUCUAUGAUAGAUUAGGAAUUAUGCCAAUCAUCAAGAUUUCAAUUAAAAUAUAGUUUAGCUCAUAUAGUUGUUAGGAGUAUGCAGUUGACUGAAAAUACCAAGUACCAAUAUAGCUUUGAGUUCUUCUUACAUGGUUUCAAAGAGCUAUCUUAGUUUCCAAAUGUCAAAAAAAAAAAAACAAAAAAAAACCAACCCUGAAACAAAAAAUAGUCUAGAUUUCAAAAAUCACUCUAGAUAGCAAAUGAAUCAGGUUCAAUCAUAGGAUUAAAAAAUACAAUUUGUGUCUUUAGAUUCAGAGACUCCAGGUCUUUAUCAUCUAAACAAAUGAGGUUUGUGCAAUAAAUUAAGUUCUCCAAAGAAAUGAAGUAAUAGUUAAUUAUUUCAUAAUUAAUGGUAGUUAAUUAAUCCUAAUAUCAGCUCCUUUUGCCAACUAAUUUAUAUUGGAAAUUUGAAUAAAUUCAUUAGAAUUCCAGGAAGUCCUUAACAAGUGUUUUUAAAACAUUCAAAGUACUGUUAUUUCAUUAGUGUAUUAAUCCCUUCACCAGUUAGUUUGAAGGAUCCUCCAUGCCUUAGUAAAUUCCGUAGCAGCUUGUUUGGUCAAAUGAAUUUAUUGCAUAGUUCCCAUCUUUCUCACCUUGGGUAAUCUCAAAACUAAGAUAGGUUCAUCCUCCAGGUGAUAAAUAUGUAGCCUACUCAUAAACCUUGCAGCUUCUUAGGACCUGUCAGACCUUGUGUUUUGAGAAAUCAAGGUGAUAUGUAUGAAGUUUAGUGGAGGAAUAAAACAUAUAGUUUCUUUUUUCUCCUCCAAGUUUACAUCUGAUAGAUUCCCUUAGCUAAACCUAUUAACAAUUUCUUUGUCAAACCUUAAUUUUAUAUACAGAUAGGCAUUUUUUACUUUCUCAUUUAUUUUCACCUCUGUCUAUCUUUUGCAAUCAAUUUCUCCUUUGUAAGAAUAAAAUUUUUUUUUAAAUGUCAUCUUACGCUUCCUUGCCUUCAAAAAAAAAGCAACUAAGGCCCUACAGGGGCCUUGAGGCCCUAAGGGAUUCAUCUCCAUAUCUAAUCAGAACUGUCUAUCCAUGGAUUUCAGAAAAGAUUUCAGAACUUUGUGGCAGGUAUUUUUAUCUACUACUGGGAUAUUAGAUCAACAAAUUUCUAUGGGGUGUCACUAACCUUGUCUAGUUUUAGUUUCUAUCAAAAUAAGCUCAUUAAAGGGGGAGAAUGAAAAGCAACAUAGCCAUUUUUAGAGGUCAGUGGUAAUUGUAAUUUUCUACUUAAUAAAAGUUAUUGCUCUCUUA